AUGAUUUUGUUUCCACAGCGCGGUGGUGGGCGGGUGGGCAGCACCGACCCGGGGAGGAGUGACAGGGGCGUGUCCGUGACCGAGGGCGCCUUUAAGGACCCCACCUACAAAGACCCCCUCAAGGACCCGCUUCGCGACCCCUCCAGCAGCGACCCCUACGGGGCUUCCGCCUCUCCCUACUCGGAACCGGAGAUCCACGACGCGGGGUACCACAGGGAGCCUCGCUACCUGGACCUGUUCGACCCGGGGGUGUCGGUGGUGCGGGACCCCAAGCUCGACCAGCCCAACUCCAGGAGAAAGGGUCGCGCCAGGACGCUGAUGGAGCGCAUGCUCUCCUCCCUGGCCUCCACCAGGGUCAUUAUAGGUUGUACCAUCGUGCUGAUUGUGCUGGUGGUGACGAUAGUGAUUGUGGCCUCGACGUCGCGGGGCGCGUUCUUCGGGCCGGACCCCCGAGUCCAUCACCCGCACGUCACAACCGUUACGGCGUGCGGUCUCGCCCAAGGAGUGAUUGAGAACAACGCUUACGUGUUCCGCGGACUUCCCUACGCCAUCCCUCCCGUGGGCCGUUACAGGUUUCGCCAGUCGCAGCUGCAGACGUCGCUGGAGGACUGCUGGACGGGGACCUACCUGGCCAACGUGACACGACCCUGCUGGGGCUACGACACUCAGGGUGCAGUAGUAGAGGGAUCCGAGGACUGCCUGCUGUUGGAUGUGUUCACGCCCCAACUGGGGUACGACUCUCCCCUUCCUGUUGUGGUGUACGUGGGCGGGAUAAGCCUCGGAGGAGACACUCGGCGCCCCUGGCUGCUCAGCGGCGCCACCACGGUCGUGAAGGAGCGGCGGAUCGUCCUCGUUGCCCCGCAGGUCCGCCGAGGAAUGCUGGGCUUCCUCCCGCACCCCCGACUCGCGGCAUCGACCUACCCUCACACCUCCGGCAACCAGGGCGUCUCGGAUCUCCUGACGGCCCUCAAGUGGGUGCAGCGCAACGUGGAGCACUUCGGCGGGGACCCUGGCCGCAUCACGCUCCUGGGCCACCAAGCGGGGGCGGCGAUGGCCUGGCCCCUCCUUUCCUCGUCUCAGGGCCAUCGCCUGAUCCACUCCGCCUGGAUCACCGGCACGGCGCCGCUCCACCCCGAAUACUCGUGGCGGGAGGCAGACCCCGAGCUGGUGGAGUCGCUCAACUGCUCCACAGUCCGGUGCCUCGAAACCACGCCGGCCCGCAACGUGAUGGAGGCGCCCUCGCUUGAGUACCGCCGCCCCUACGGCCGCCCAUGGCUCCUGGCUGAUGGUCUCGUUGUGCCCUUCAUCCCGUCCAAGCCACAAGUGCCUGUCAUGAUCGGAUCAACGGAGCAAGUAGCAGCGGACAUGCUGGUCUCAUGGAGGGACCGCCUGGGCAGCUCCCGCCAGCAGCUGAUUGAUUCGGUCGUCGAUGGCCUGAGGCUCUACGAGAGGAGUUUCGAACCCCCAAUGUCACCCGGAGACCAGAUGGGAGGGCGGGACAUAUGGCCCCUCCCUCCGCCAGGCGGCCGAGACAUGGGCCCCCGACGGCCCACUAUGUCGGGACCAGACAUGUGGCCAAGACGACCGACGAUGUGGCCAGGACGCAGCAGGGACGGCGGGCGGUCAAGAGACGGCGGGCGGUCAAGAGACGGGGGGCGCUCAAGAGAUGGCGGGCGUCCCAGGGGCGACGGACGGCCAAGGGAUGGCGGACGACCCAUAGAUGGCCACAGGGAUUCAACAACCAACACUUUCAUGGCAGGAUCAACUGACGCGGAAAUGGCCAUUGACUGGUACUCUGGUCUCUCGGAUCAUCCAUGGCUGCUUCUCACGACACUCGUUUCCGAUGCCACGAUCACCUGCCCAGUUCUCUCCACAGCGGCCUCGCUGGCCAGGGCCCGUAGCCUGGCCCAUCCCACAGGAGACGAAGAUGUGCCUAUUUACUCUUAUGUGUCACGCCAUGCGCGGGUCAGUCGGGUCGGGGCGCUCGCCGACGGUCAUUCCGAUAUCGAGUCAAUCCUUGGAGUGUUUCGCCCGCAGACUCGCGGCGAUGCUCGUUAUGCCCGCACUAUGCAGGAUCUGUUUUUUCUCUUCGUUACCAAUGGGGCACCGGAAUGGCACUCACCCACACCUGCCCAUCUGGGAACCUACAUUAUUGACGAAAAUUAUAAAACUGACCGUGCGAGAUCUCAAUGCGAAAAAUGGGGCAACUACACACAUCUUGCCAGGAGAUAUAAGUGAAUGAUUCUGUUGUAGUCUUGUUAAAGUGAAAGUGAGCUCGGAAAUGACAUUGUUGAUUAUCAUAGAAACGUCUGAAAGUUUUAUGCUAUCAACACUCCUAAAAGUAAUUAGUUCUUGGGUUUGCUAUAUUUUACAGAAAGACUUAUUAGAUAGAUAAUUUUUUCCUUUACCAGUGUGCCUUUGACGAUACAUGGCUGUCUACGGCCAGUUGUACAGACAAGAGAGACAGACGCCUUAGCAACAAUAACUGUACGUUGAUGAAUCCUUUACCAAAUGAAGUUCGAGCACCUACCUCAGGAAGGUCCUUUUGGUCAAGAACGCUACUGCAACUCCAUGCAAAUUAUUUCCAGCCGAAGAGAAGUGACCCAUCUCUUAUGGACACCAGGAUUCUCAUAGUCUUAGCUGCAACGGAUGAUCAUGAAGGGUCUAUGCCAAGCAAUUCAGCACUGCCACUUUGCCUCUGAUCUCACUGUGACAAGUGACGCAGGAACCCAAGUCUUUCAGCGGCUCAAGUCACUCGCCAAAGAUGGGGAUUUACGUAGGCCUUCGGGAAUGGGCGUGACGGUGGACGGUGGACCCGGGCCUUGCACUUCGACCUGCUCUGCUCAUGACCAAUGAGGUGUUGAUUACGUCGUUUAGAAUAUUUAUUACUCUGGAGAAUUUUAUGUAACUUAGGAAGAUAUUUCGGUUUAUGAUCAUUACAAAGUUUAGAUAACUUUCCAUA